AUGAGCCUGGCAGGCAUCCAGGUCCAGGGUCCCCAGACAGACCCGCUGCAGAGCUACUUUGCUGCCUGUGAGGAUGAGACCCCUGCCAUCCGGAACCAUGAUAAAGUUCUGCAGCGCCUUUGUGAGCACUUGGACCAUGCCCUGCUCUAUGGACUGCAAGACCUCUCAUCUGGCUACUGGGUGCUCGUGGUGCAUUUUACCCGGAGAGAGGCCAUCAAACAGAUAGAGGUGCUACAGCACGUGGCCACCAACCUGGGACGAAGCCGAGCCUGGUUGUACCUGGCCCUCAAUGAGAACUCCCUGGAGAGCUACCUUCGGCUGUUCCAGGAGAACUUGGGCCUGCUGCAUAAGUACUAUGUCAAGAACGCCCUGGUCUGCAGCCAUGAUCACCUCACUCUCUUCCUGACCUUGGUGUCGGGACUGGAGUUCAUUCGAUUUGACCUGGAUCUGGAUGCCCCUUACUUGGACUUGGCCCCCUACAUGCCUGACUACUAUAAACCUCAGUACCUGCUGGACUUUGAAGACCGCCUUCCUAGCUCAGUCCAUGGCUCAGACAGCCUGUCCCUCAACUCCUUCAACUCUGUCACCUCCACCAACCUGGAGUGGGAUGACAGUGCAAUUGCCCCAUCUAGUGAGGAUUAUGAUUUUGGAGAUGUGUUUCCAGCAGUGCCGUCUGUACCCAGCACAGACUGGGAAGAUGGAGACCUCACAGACACCGUCAGUGGCCCCCGCUCCACGGCCUCAGACCCGACCAGCAGCAAGGCCUCCACCAGGAGUCCCACCCAGCGCCACAACCCUUUUAAUGAGGACCAGGGGGAGGGUGUGUCGUCCUCUGACACCACCCCUGUGCACACCACCUCUCUGGAGAAGGGGGAGUCCCACGCCCUGGACCUGCCAGAAGCCGGCACUGAGCUCGAAGUCAUCAGGGUCACUAAGAAGAAGAAAGUUGGCAAGAAGAAGAAAGCCAAGUCAGAUGAGGAAGCAAGCCCCCUUCACCCAGCCUCCACACAGCACAAAUGCACCAGGCACGGGGCUGGCCCAGGCCGAGGGCAGGACUCACCAGACCCGACCCUGGCUUCGCCCCCAGAAGAGAGCGAGGGGCCUGGUAGUGCCGCUGAGAGCAGUGAAUGUGCCUCGCUUGGCAACAUGGGCCUCCUCAUCCCUGCAAUGAAGGACACCUCCAUGGAGCGCCUCGGACAGCCUCUAAGUAAGGUCAUCGACCAGCUCAAUGGGCAGCUGGACCCCAGCACCUGGCAUGCCCACGCACAGAAGCCAGAUCAGUCCUUUCGGACUGGCUCUCCCGGGGAUGCCCCGGAGAGGCCACCACUUUGCGACUUUAGUGAGGGGCUUCCAGCCCCCAUGGACUUCUACCGCUUUACCGUUGAGAGUCCAAGCACUGCUGCAUCAGGUGGCGGCCACCAUGACCCUGCAGGGCCUGGCCAACCGCUGCAUGUUCCUGGUAGCCCUGCGGCUGCUGGCCAAGAAGAGGAGGGAGGAGGAGGAGGAGGAGAGAGACAGGCGCCUGGACCCCUAGAGGACCCCCAGGAGCCAGAGCCUCAGAAACUGGAGACCCAGUUGCCAGUGGUCAGUGAAGGGCCAGUGCCUGAGCCAGAGCCUGAACCGGACCCUGAGCCAGAGUCUGAGCCUCAGGAGACAUUGUGCCAGCUUAAGCGAGACCAGCCCAGCCCGUGUCUGAGCAGCGCAGAGGACUCUGGGGUGGAUGAAGGGCAAGGGAGUCCUUCUGAGACGAGCCACUCAUCAGAGUUCAGAGUAGACAACAAUCACUUGCUCCUGCUGAUGAUUCAUGUGUUUCGAGAAAAUGAGGAGCAACUGUUCAAAAUGAUCCGGAUGAGCACCGGGCACAUGGAGGGCAACCUGCAGCUGCUGUACGUGCUGCUCACAGACUGCUACGUCUAUCUGCUCCGCAAAGGGGCCACAGAGAAGCCAUACCUGGUGGAAGACGCUGUUUCUUACAAUGAGCUUGACUAUGUAUCGGUCGGCCUCGACCAGCAGACAGUGAAGCUGGUAUGCACCAACCGCAGGAAGCAGUUUCUACUGGACACAGCAGACGUGACGCUGGCUGAGUUCUUCUUGGCUUCUUUGAAGUCAGCCAUGAUCAAAGGCUGCCGGGAACCACCCUACCCCAGCAUCCUGACCGAUGCCACUAUGGAGAAGCUAGCCCUGGCCAAAUUUGUCGCUCAGGAAUCCAAGUGUGAGGCAUCUGCUGUUACUGUACGCUUCUAUGGGCUUGUGCACUGGGAGGACCCCAUGGACGAAUCCCUGGGCCCCAUAUCUUGCCACUGUUCCCCCUCUGAGGGCACCAUCACCAAAGAAGGCAUGCUGCAUUACAAGGCGGGCACCUCCUACCUGGGCAAGGAACACUGGAAGAGCUGCUUUGUGGUGCUCAGCAAUGGGAUACUCUACCAGUAUCCAGACCGUACGGAUGUCAUCCCCCUGCUCUCGGUGAACAUGGGGGGGGAACAGUGCGGUGGCUGCCGGAGGUCCAACACCACGGAUCGGCCCCACGCCUUCCAGGUCAUCCUCUCCGACCGGCCCUGCCUGGAGCUCAGCGCGGACAGUGAGGCCGAGAUGGCUGACUGGAUGCAGCACCUCUGCCAGGCUGUGUCUAAGGGAGUCAUACCCCAGGGGGUAGCGCCCAGCCCCUGCAUUCCAUGCUGCCUGGUUGUCACCGACGACCGCCUCUUCACUUGCCACGAGGACUGCCAGACCAGCUUCUUCCGCUCGCUGGGCACAGCCAGGCUGGCUGACAUCAGCUGCACCUCCUCCGAGCCGGGCAAGGAGUACUGUGUCCUGGAAUUCUCUCAGGAUGGCCAGCAGCUGCCCCCGCCCUGGGUCAUCUACCUGAGUUGUCCUUCUGAACUGGACCGAUUCCUGUCUGCACUGGGCACUGCGUGGAAGACCAUCUACCAGGUGGACCUCCCACACAAGGCCAUCCAGGAAGCCUCCAGCCAGAAGAAAUUCGAGGACGCCCUGAGUCUUAUCCACAGCGCCUGGCAGCGGAGCGACAGCUUGUGCAGAGGCAGAGCCUCCCGGGACCCCUGGUGCUGA